AUGGUCCCGAUCGAAGUAACUACUCUUCCGGGUCGUAUUUUUAAUGCUCCGAUCCGCUCGGAUCUGGUACAUCGAGUAGUUAUAUGGCAGCUGGCGAAGCGCAGAGCAGGUACCGCCAAGACCAAAAAUAGAUCUGAAGUCAAGGGCUCCGGGAGGAAGAUCAGGCCGCAAAAAGGCACCGGCCGCUCGCGCCAAGGCGCAAUCACUUCUCCGAUCUUUCGGGGUGGUGGAAGGGCACAAGGGCCCGUGCAAAGAGACUUCGACUACCCUCUACCCUUUAAUGUCAGAAGGAAUGGCCUUCGAUCAGUGUUGUCUUCAAAAUACGCCUGCGGACAGCUGUGGAUCGUAGAAGACGCAAAAAUCGAGGAUACGAAGACGCGCCGAGUAAUUCAGGCUAUGGACCGAUACGCGUGGAAAUCAGCUCUUAUUGUGGACGAUGAUCCAGAAGGCAUAGCUGGUGUGGAUCAGUCUCUACAUGCAGCAUCUCAUAGUGUUCAACACACUCUAGCCAUGAACGUUCGUGGCCUGAAUGUUUACGACGCCAUAUAUUUUGAUAUGCUUAUACUGACAAGGCCUGCCCUGCGAAGCCUAAAUGAGCGCUUCGCACGGUAUAAUUGGCUGGUAUAG